GAUACGACCCGUCCCAGGUGUGUACAGGAGCGGAGUGUAACCGAGCAGCGGUGUGCCGGCCCAGUGUGUGUGUGUGUGACCACCAUGGCUGCCACGGGCUCUUGCUCCCUCUUCAACACUCUCCACACCUCAUGGCACUCAUGGCACUCACACCUCAAGUUACUUGCUCGGUUUUCCACAUCGGUGGGCACGGUGCCUUUAGAAAAAAUUAGAAAUAUUGGAAUAUCUGCACACAUUGAUUCUGGAAAGACAACCUUAACUGAACGGAUUUUGUACUACACUGGCCGAAUUUAUGAAAUGCAUGAGGUGCGUGGAAAAGAUGGUGUUGGAGCAGUGAUGGAUAGUAUGGAACUAGAGAGACAACGAGGUAUUACAAUUCAGAGUGCUGCUACCUAUACCAUGUGGAAGAACCACAACAUCAACAUUAUUGAUACACCAGGUCAUGUUGACUUCACAGUGGAGGUAGAACGAGCAUUACGGGUAUUAGAUGGAGCAAUAUUAGUGCUUUGUUCAGUGGGUGGUGUUCAGUCACAAACAUUAACUGUUAACAGGCAGAUGAAAAGGUAUAAUGUUCCUUGCCUGGCAUUCAUUAAUAAAUUGGAUCGAAUGGGAGCUAAUCCUUAUCGUGUAUUGCAUCAGAUGAGGUCUAAACUGCAUCACAAUGCAGCAUUUGUGCAGAUACCAAUUGGUUUGGAGAGCAAUACAAAAGGAAUCAUAGACCUGGUGGGUCAAAAGGCACUGUACUUUGAAGGAAACUUUGGAAAUACUGUACGUGAAGAUGAAAUACCAGCUGAUAUGAGAGUUGAGGCUGAGGAGCGUCAUAUAGAGCUUAUAGAGCAUCUUUCCAAUGCGGAUGAAGUUAUUGGGGAAUUGUUCUUGGAGGAGAAGACACCAACAGAAGAACAGCUGCACGCAGGCAUCCACCGUGCGUGUCUGCAGCAAACCUUCACCCCGGUGUUUGUUGGUACAGCACUGAAAAAUAAAGGAGUUCAGCCUCUCCUUGAUGGUGUUCUUAGAUACUUGCCAAACCCUGGGCAAGUAAAAAAUUUUGCCCUGCACCAAAUUAGUGAAGGGGAAGAAGAGAAGAUGCUUCUAAAUUCUGCACGUGACAACAGCAGUCCUUUUGUUGGCUUAGCCUUUAAGUUAGAAGCGGGCAAGUUUGGCCAGCUGACGUAUAUUAGAGUCUAUCAAGGAUGUCUUAAAAAAGGGGAAAAUAUAUAUAACUCGCGUACUGGCAAGAAGAUAAAAGUGUCGAGACUUGUUCAGAUGCACAGUAAUAAUAUGGAAGACGUUACGGAAGUGUUCGCUGGUGAUAUUUGUGCAGUGUUUGGCAUUGACUGUGCUUCAGGAGACACCUUCACAACUAAUCUUAAACUGAACAUCUCUAUGGAAUCAAUGUAUAUUCCUGAACCUGUUAUAUCUAUGGGCAUCAAGCCCAAGAGAAGUAAAGAUAGUGAUGCAUUCAGCAAAGCAAUCAGUCGGUUCACAAAAGAAGACCCCACAUACAGAAUAUAUUGGGACAAUGAUGUCAAGGAAACGGUUGCGUGUGGCAUGGGAGAACUUCAUCUAGAAAUUUAUGCACAGAGAAUGGAGCGAGAGUAUGGCUGUGAAGUGGAAAUGGGAAAACCAAAGGUGGCCUUCAGAGAGACACUUGCAAGCCCGGUCGAAUUUGACUAUCUCCACAAGAAGCAGUCUGGUGGAUCUGGCCAGUUUGGUCGUGUCAUUGGUGUUCUUGAACCACUAUCGCCUGAAGAAAACACAAAAGUCAUCUUCAAAGAUGAGACAAUGGGUACCAAUAUUCCAAAACAAUUCAUUCCAGCAAUUGAAAAAGGAUUCAAGGCAGUGUGUGAAAAAGGCUUCCUAACUGGCCACAAGAUAACAGGUGUUUUGUUCCGAGUCCAGGAUGGUGCUAGCCACAUGGUCGACUCCAAUGAGAUUUCUUUCAUUCUUGCUGCACAGGGAGCCAUGAAGCAGGCAUUUGAAGAUGGUGCGUGGAUUAUCCUUGAACCCAUUAUGUCAGUAGAAAUUACUGCACCAGAUGAGUUCCAGGGUUCUGUAACAUCACAGAUGAACAAGCGUCAUGGCAUUAUCACCGGAACUGAUGCAAAUGAAGGAUGGUUCACUAUAUAUUGUCAGGUCCCACUGAACGACAUGUUUGGGUAUGCAACAGAACUGCGAUCUUCAACACAAGGCAAGGGGGAGUUUUCAAUGGAAUAUUCCUGUUAUGCUCCAGCAAGAGCAGAUGUAAUGGAAGGACUUAUUAAUGAAUUCCAAGAGCCCAAAGAAGCAGAGGAUACCAAGAAGAGAAGCAGAAGAUAGGGCUUGAAACUUAAUUAUGAAGGGCCUGUAGAAAAUAUAUUGUUCAUAUAUUUUGAAAUUAAAAUAUUUGUUUUGCUGCUGAACAAGACAAAAUUUAAAGUAAAACAUCCCAUUAGUGUUAUUGUGUUCAAGUGUUAAUAAUCAAUCAUUUGACUAGAUUAGAAUUGACUUAAAGGUAAAUGGGGAGUAAAAUUGUGUACAAAUUGUGUGUUGUACAUAUUGUUUAUAUGUGUGUAUAGCUUAAGAGUUUGUAUACAAAAAACUUCCAUUUAUAAAUUACACAAUAUUUUCAAGAUUCGUCUCUUGGGAUAUUAUUGAUACAUGUACAUUCAUAUAUUGUAUUUAUUUGUUUACAUAUUAUUUGUCAGAGUAUAAAAAUCAACCCCCUAAUGAUCAUUUACCUAUUACCCACACAAUUACAUGAACUGUUGCUUGUGAGAUAUUACUACAUGGUAAUGCUCAGCACGACCUCCAUUCACCUUUAACACACACUUCCAUCCACUCAGUGUAUGUGAUCUCUUCAUGCACAUUUAGUAUAUUGCAGACUUCGGGAACACAAGUUUCAAUUAAAAUGCCAUUUUGGUAUAAUAAAAAAAUAUGUAGACUAGGCUGGCCUUCAUAUUCAGUUUUGUUGAGUAUUGCAUGCUGUUGUCACUACCACAAGCUGUGUGUUGUUGUCACUAUCACAAGCUGUGUGUUGUUGUCACUACCACAAGCUGUGUGUUGUUGUCACUAUCACAAGCUGUGUGUUGUUGUCACUAUCACAAACUGUGUGUUGUUGUCACUAUCACAAGCUGUGUGUUGUUGUCACUACCACAAGCUGUGUGUUGUUGUCACUAUCACAAGCUGUGUGUUGUUGUCACUAUCACAAGCUGUGUGUUGUUGUCACUAUCACAAGCUGUGUGUUGUUGUCACUAUCACAAACUGUGUUGUUGUCACUAUCACAAGCUGUGUGUUGUUGUCACUAUCACAAGCUGUGUGUUGUUGUCACUAUCACAAGCUGUGUGUUGUUGUCACUAUCACAAACUGUGUUGUUGUCACUAUCACAAGCUGUGUGUUGUUGUCACUAUCACAAGCUGUGUGUUGUUGUCACUAUCACAAGCUGUGUGUUGUUGUCACUAUCACAAGCUGUGUGUUGUUGUCACUAUCACAAACUGUGUGUUGUUGUCACUAUCACAAGCUGUGUGUUGUUGUCACUAUCACAAGCUGUGUGUUGUUGUCACUAUCACAAACUGUGUGUUGUUGUCACUAUCACAAGCUGUGUGUUGUUGUCACUAUCACAAGCUGUGUGUUGUUGUCACUAUCACAAGCUGUGUGUUGUUGUCACUAUCACAAGCAACAAUAAAACAUUUUAAAAGUCCGGUUAGAUAAUUUUUUAAUGUAUAAAUUAUAAAAAAAAAAUUUUUACAAAAUUAGAACAAAUCUGUGUUUAUAUUUUGUUUUGUGUACAGUGGAGAUACACUGUAAAAAGUUAUUGGUCCCUUAACCCCUGGGCUGCACCACCACUGCAUAAAAUAAAAAAAAUCUAAAAAUA